AUGGCGGGCAAAGCUAUUGGCAUCGACCUCGGCACAACCUACAGCUGCGUCGGCGUUUGGCAAAACGACCGCGUCGAGAUCAUCCCUAACGACCAAGGCAACCGCACCACACCAUCCUACGUGGCAUUCACCGACACCGAACGACUCAUCGGCGAUGCGGCCAAGAAUCAAGUCGCAAUGAAUCCGCAAAACACCGUGUUUGACGCAAAACGCUUAAUCGGCCGUAGAUUCUCCGAUGAAUCGGUUCAAAACGACAUGAAACUAUGGCCGUUUAAAGUCGUACCAGGUCCCGCCGAAAAACCGAUGAUCGUCGUUAAUUACAAAGGCGAAGAGAAAAAGUUUGCGGCGGAGGAGAUUUCUUCAAUGGUGUUGAUCAAAAUGAGGGAAGUGGCAGAAGCGUUUUUAGGCCAAUCGGUGAACAACGCGGUUGUUACUGUUCCCGCUUAUUUCAACGAUUCUCAGAGACAAGCUACGAAGGACGCUGGUGCUAUCUCGGGAUUGAAUGUGCUUAGGAUCAUCAAUGAACCUACUGCUGCAGCAAUUGCUUAUGGUUUGGAUAAGAAAGCUUCGAGGAAAGGCGAGCAGAAUGUGCUUAUCUUCGACUUAGGCGGUGGAACUUUCGAUGUUUCUCUUCUUACUAUUGAAGAAGGGAUUUUCGAAGUGAAAGCUACUGCUGGAGAUACUCAUCUUGGUGGAGAGGAUUUCGAUAACAGAAUGGUGAAUCAUUUUGUUUCGGAGUUUAGGAGGAAGAAUAAGAAAGAUAUUAGUGGAAAUGCGAGAGCGUUGAGGAGAUUGAGAACUGCUUGUGAGAGAGCCAAGAGGACGCUUUCUUCGACUUCUCAGACGACGAUUGAGAUUGAUUCUUUGUAUGAAGGGAUUGACUUUUACGCGACAAUCACACGGGCGAGAUUUGAAGAAUUGAAUAUGGAUUUGUUUAGGAAAUGUAUGGAGCCGGUUGACAAGUGUCUUCGUGAUGCCAAGAUUGAUAAGGGUCAAGUUCAUGAGGUUGUUCUUGUUGGUGGGUCGACUAGGAUUCCGAAAGUUCAACAGCUUUUGCAGGAUUUCUUCAAUGGGAAAGAGCUUUGCAAGAGUAUUAACCCGGAUGAAGCUGUUGCUUAUGGAGCUGCUGUUCAGGCUGCGAUUUUGACUGGUGAAGGUGAUGAAAAGGUUCAGGAUCUUCUGUUGCUGGAUGUUACUCCUCUUAGUUUGGGUUUAGAAACUGCUGGUGGUGUUAUGACGGUUUUGAUUCCGAGGAACACCACGAUUCCGACUAAGAAGGAGCAGAUUUUUUCGACUUAUUCGGAUAAUCAGCCUGGUGUUUUGAUUCAAGUUUUUGAAGGGGAACGUGCGAGAACAAAGGAUAAUAAUCUUCUUGGGAAAUUCGAACUUGCUGGGAUUCCACCGGCUCCGAGAGGUGUACCUCAGGUUAAUGUUUGUUUUGACAUUGAUGCGAAUGGGAUAUUGAAUGUUUUUGCGGAAGAUAAGACAGCUGGAGUGAAGAACAAGAUAACUAUAACGAAUGAUAAAGGGAGGUUGAGUAAGGAAGAGAUAGAGAAGAUGGUGAAAGAUGCAGACAAGUAUAAGGCAGAGGAUGAAGAGGUGAAGAGGAAAGUGGAGGCUAAGAAUUCGCUUGAGAAUUAUGCUUAUAAUAUGAGGAAUACUAUUAAGGAUGAGAAGAUUGGUGGGAAGUUGAGUAGUGAUGAUAGGGAGAAAAUUGAGAAGGCUGUGGAGGAGGCUAUUCAGUGGUUGGAAGGGAAUCAAUUGGGUGAAGUGGAGGAGUUUGAGGAUAAGCAGAAGGAGUUGGAAGGGAUUUGUAAUCCUAUUAUUGCUAAGAUGUAUCAAGGUGCUGCUGCUGGAGAUGUGCCUAUGGGAGAUGGUAUGGGUGGUGCUGGUUCUGGACCUGGUCCUAAGAUUGAAGAGGUUGACUAA